CAGUAAACAAGACCCGGCCCGCAACGAUGCUUCCUGAUAUAUGAACGGUAAAACCCUAAACCCGCUUAGAGGGGGAAUGGAGGACCAAGCAGGAGAAGCAGCUCAGUGCGAAGAGUGCAAAUUGCAGCCAUGGAAAUACAAGUGCCCGGGAUGCUUUCGCCGGACUUGCAGUCUUCCUUGCGUCAAAGCUCACAAAGAGAGGUCCGGUUGCACCGGGAAGAAGCCCUUCAACGACGUCGUUCCCAUUUCCCAGUUCGACGAUAACCUCCUAUUAUCAGAUUACAACAUGCUAGAGGAUGUAAAGAGGGUUGCAGAUUCUGCUAGAAGAAUGAGAUACAAGCUUUGUGGGUAUCCUCAGUUCAGGCUUCCUUUCCCUCUCAAAAGUCUUAGAAGUGCGGCCAAUAGCCGGAGGACAAAGCUUCUCUUUCUCUCUGGUGGGAUGUCAAAGAGGGAGAAAAACCAAACUUUUUACAACAACAGAAAGAAGUAUAUAUCAUGGACUAUUGAGUGGAAAUUCCAUUCGACUGAUGUUGUAUUAAUGGAUCAUGGUGUACAUGAAAACACAAAGCUGUGCACUUUGAUUGAGAAACAUCUAGAACCUGGCCCCUGGAAGCAUCCACUGAAGCAAUUUUGCGAAGUCCCCAUGGAUUCUCUUAAACUUUUCAUCCGGAAAUUUCACAAGGGCCAGAAAGCUCCUUAUCGUCAGCUGGAUAUAAACGCCCCAUUACGCCAACAACUUUCCAAUUUAGUUAUUUUAGAAUACCCUGUUGUUCACGUCUUUCUUCCAUCACACAACGUUGAGUUUGAAGUUAUGAAAGAGUCUAUUCCUCGUCAAGUAAAGCCUAAGGAAUUUGUUAAUAAUUAUAGCCCAAGUCACAAAGGAGUGACAUUUAAAGAGGAGGAGAUAGAAGAUGGCGACUCCUCAGAUCCUCGCGUCUCAGACCUCAUACACCACACCAAUAUAGAACUCGAGGAAAAGGGAACCGAAGAACAACACCUCAGCGAGCCGGUAGAUGGCAUAAGAGGAGACCAAGGAGCCACACCAGUUUUAGAUAUGUGUUCUAAUGCAGAGGAGUCGAGGGACAUGGAUUUGGCUUUUCUUGACAACAUGGCUUUCGAGUUCGACCCGAAGUUAAUCGAUUCAUAUGCUGCUGAACUUUUUGCAGAAGCUAAUCCCGAAGGCAAUCUUGAUUUCGGGGGUUCAUUGGCUGAUGAAAAAUUUCUCAGUGAAGGAAAUUGGGCAGAUUUCGGUGACACUUUGCCAGCAGAAGAAGAAUUAGAGGAAGGAGAGAUCGCUUCUUGAUGCCUUCCAUCAAAAGCAUUACUGCAACGUUACAAAGUCUAUUAGCUGCUUCCGAGGUUUACAAAUCUGAUCAUCGAGGCUUCUGCUUGCUGUUGAGUGUUUCUCAGUUUGCGGGAGUCAUGCAGGGCCCACACAGCGCCCGUUAUAAUUGAUCCAUGGGAGAGUAUAGUUGGGAGAGGUGCAUAGAGUGGAGGCUUCCCUGAACAUAAGCUGUUUAUAUAUGGUAGUGAGGCUGGUUACUCCAACUGUCCUUAAUGUCUAUGGUUACUCCAACUGUCCUAAUUUUGAUAUCAUUUGGGGUGAGAGUGUGAGACCUCCCAAUGUUUCUUUGUCUUAUUUACACAACUUGGAACUACAGCCUUGUGAAUCUAUGAUUUUCCUUAAACAAUAGAUCCACAAGGGAUUAUAUUAUACAACUUCUUGUGUGCAUAAAAUUAUUGCUUAAAUAUUAUAAAUUUUUGUUUUUGAG